UUUGUCUCUCAAACCUCUCUUUGUGCACUCUGGAUGAAACAGCAUCUGAAGCCCAUGGGCUGUACACGAUAUGGCAGGAAAAUAAGUCAAAAUUAUACAGCGUUACAAUCGUGGAAAGGAUACCGUUGUGAAAAGACUGGGAGAACCUACCUUAUGGGAUGGGGUGUGCUGGCUCAGUACCCCUCAUUCCAAAGUCUCAUCCACUGCAGCCAGAUAGGGACAGAUACAGCUUAUCCCCCACAGCCCACAACCAGAAACAAGGACUUUUACCUGGACAGGUGCUACAAAACAAAACUGAGCAAACAAGUGAUAAGAUUGUGACAGCGCUGUACCCAUAUGAGAGCAGAAAUAAAGGGGACCUGCCGUUUAAGAAAGGGGAAAGAAUGAAAAUACUGGCUGAGGCGGGAGAAUGGUGGACGGCCAAGUCACUGACCACUGGGAAGGAGGGGCUCAUCCCAUCCAAUUAUGUAGCUGCUGCCGAGAGCUUGGAAAUCAAAGAAUGGUUUUUCAAAGACAUGGCCAGAAGAGAUGCCGAAAGGCAGCUGCUCGCUCCAGCCAACAAGCCAGGAGCCUUCCUCAUCCGAGAGAGCGAGACAACAGCAGGAACGUUCUCCUUGUCCCUAAGAGACAUAGGAGAUGACGGCUCUGACAUAAUCAAACAUUACAAGAUCCGUAACCUUGACAGUGGAGGCUUCUACAUCUCUCCUCGGAAUACGUUCCCAGACCUGACCAAGCUGAUCCAGCACUAUAAAGGAGAAGCAAAUGGACUUUGCCGUAGGCUGGGACAGCCGUGUGUGAAGCCCAAGGUUCAGACGCCCUGGGACAAAGAUGCUUGGGAGAUCUCCAAAGACACCCUGCAGAUGGUGAAGAAACUGGGUGCUGGGCAGUUUGGGGAGGUGUGGAUGGCAAUGUAUAACAGAACCACGAAGGUGGCGGUGAAGACUCUGAAGGAAGGCACCAUGUCUGUCGAGGCCUUCAUGCAGGAGGCCGAUCUAAUGAAGGGCCUGCAGCAUGACAGGCUGGUCCGCCUCUACGCUGUGGUGACCAAGACCCCGCCCAUUUUCAUCAUCACCGAGUAUAUGGCCAAUGGGAGUUUAUUAGAUUUCCUCAAGAGCCCUGGAGGGAAGAAGGUGCUUCUGCCCAAACUCAUCGAUUUCUCUGCACAGAUUGCGGAGGGCAUGGCCUAUAUAGAGCGGAAGAGCUACAUUCACCGAGACCUGCGUGCAGCUAACGUCCUGGUGUCUGAGAGUCUGCUCUGUAAGAUUGCAGAUUUUGGCUUGGCGCGUGUCAUCGAUGAUGACAUGUACAUGGCCAAAGAGGGGGCCAAGUUUCCUAUCAAGUGGACAGCUCCUGAGGCAAUCAACUAUGGCUCUUUCACCAUCAAAUCAGACAUGUGGUCCUUUGGCGUUCUGCUGUAUGAGAUAGUCACCUACGGGAGAAUGCCCUACCCAGGUAUGAGUAACAGCGAGGUGAUGACCCAGGUGCAGCGUGGUUACAGGAUGCCCUGCCCAGAGAACUGCCCUGCCGAGCUCUAUGAGGUCAUGAUGAUCUGCUGGCGACCAAAGGCAGAGGAGAGACCCACGUUUGAAUACCUACAGAGUGUCCUGGAGGACUUCACCACAGCCACAGAGGGCCAGUACCAACAGCAGCCAUGAGAGGGCAGCAGAGACAGGAGUUUGUUCAGAGCCAUUCUCAACUCAGCACUGGGACAAUAGUACAAUUGUUGCACUGGCAGUGGUGCCAAUUCUUUUUUUAGAUCUGAAGUUUUGCUUGUUACCAUGUUUGUAUCCAGUAACAAAAACAGUAGAGAUCACAGAUAGUCUUUGGACAGCCAAAAUAGCCUAGCUAGACUAACAGGCAUAGUGAGAAAUAAAGCCCUGUCAGUUUUACAUAAUUCCAUAUUUAAGAACCCUUUCUGCUUAUGUAUACAUAUUUAAUUGUAUUAAAAUGUCUUCCCCUUU